AUGUCUAGAGCAACACAGGUCGAUUCCCUCCAACUAGAGGAUGUCUCGAAUUAUCUAGACACACAAACACCAUCCAACCAUUCUGCAAUCUCAAGCACCGAAACCGUACCGCCAGAAGGAGCAGUCUCGGCACUUGAAAGAUGGAACCAGUCCAAGACCAAUAUCUUCAAGAUCAUCUCGACCUUCUUCGGAUUUGUGGUCAUGGGGGCCAAUGACGCCGCAUAUGGAGCUUUGAUCCCAUAUCUGGGCACUUAUUACAAAGUCUCAUAUACAGUGGUAUCACUGGUAUUUCUCUCACCUUUUGCUGGAUACGUGGCAGCAGCUGCGCUCAACAAUACUCUGCAUAAGACCGUGGGUCAGAGAGGUGUCGCAAUCCUGGGACCUGGAUCUCACCUUGUGGCCUACAUUGUCAUUUCGCUACAUCCCCCAUAUCCAGUGCUUGUCAUUGUCUUCAUCCUGGCGGGAUUCGGAAAUGGUAUACUGGAUGCAGCCUGGAACGCUUGGAUCGGCAACCUCGCAAACCCCAAUGAAAUCCUUGGCUUUCUUCACGGGUUCUACGGUGUUGGUGCGACCAUCGCUCCGCUCAUUGCAACGACCAUGAUUACAAGGCGAGGACUUCAGUGGUAUUCAUUCUACUACGUCAUGAUCGGAGCUGCAGCACUGGAACUCUUGACUUCGACCGCAGCCUUCUGGAAGGAAUCUGGCAUUAGGUUCCGCAUGUCUCUGUCUGAUGAGACCAUUCGCGGAGCUACACGAGCAGCGCUGAAGACUCGAGUUGCCUGGGUCAGUGCUUUCUUCUUGCUCGUAUAUGUUGGCAUUGAAGUUGCGCUGGGUGGUUGGGUCGUCACAUUCAUGAUUGAAGUAAGACAUGGUGCGGAGUUUGAGUCCGGCUUGAUAGCAACUGGGUUCUGGUUAGGAAUCACAGUCGGUCGUGUUGUAUUGGGAUUUGUUACUCCCAGGUUGGGCGAAAACCUAUCCAUUUUAUUGUACCUCGCAUCCGCCAUGGGCAUGCAGUUACUGUUCUGGCUGGUACCAUCGUUCACGGUUUCGUCAAUUGCCGUCGGCUUCGUUGGCUUCUGUCUUGGUCCCUUGUUCCCUGCUGUUGUGGUUGCGACGACGAAAUUACUUCCACCACAUCUGCAUGUCGCUACCAUUGGUUUCGCCGCAGCUUUCGGUGGUGGUGGGGCUUGUAUCCUUCCAUUCGCGGUUGGUGCGAUUGCUCAAGCAGCUGGUGUCAGGGUGCUUCAACCCAUCAUACUAUCCAUGCUUGCCGUUGCGCUUUUCCUUUGGGCAUUCGGGAUGCCUAGGAUCUCUGGUGAAGAGGGCAAGAAAGAUGGGAAGAUCGCGAAGACGAAACAAGUCGUUUCCAAUUAUUUCCAUGGGUGCUUCACAGCUCGCUUGUAG